UAUAUAUAUAGGAAUAUACAUAUAUCUAGCAUUGUUGAGGAAACUAGAAAACAUGUCCAUUUUAUACCAUUUCUAAUGCGUUUCUAUCUGCGAUAGUCCGUAGGUAUAGCUUGGAUAGUAUUUAUCGAUAAUAAUAAUUAUUAUUAUUAUUCGUUAAUUGAAGGAAUGGAGACUUGAAAGAAGGCAAAGAGUGUUUGCAUAAAUAGAAAUUAUAUAUAGUUUUUUUUUGUGUAAAGGAAAAGAUCGAGAACGUUUGUUGGAGAAGGGAAAGGAAAUAUUUUACGGUAAGAGACGUGUACCUUUGUUUAGAUUGUAAUUGUUCUGCUGCAUUGAAAUCUACGUUCAUUGUCGACACGAAUCGAUGGAAAUAUGUCUGCGAGAUAUGAUCGAAGCGCAAUGUGAUAAGAGAGCAGGGCGUUGUAUUUAAUUAAACGGAUUUCUCGUCUUUUUAAAUAGCAAGUUAACAGUUAUCGUUCCAUUCUCACAUUUUCUGUUUUUGCAAAGUGCAAGAAAAGCAUAAUUCUAGUUUUGUUGUUCAGUUGGAAAACGGAACUGACGGUUUGAGCGCAACCAUUUAUGUUUGAAUGCAUGCGACAGAAAUUUUAUACGGUUUGAAUAAUUUUGUAAGUUUUUGAUAAAAGUAAAAAAAUAAUGAAAAAAAUUAGGUAAAUACGUAAUGUUAUAUGAAUUGAUUUUACGUGUAGUUCAAGAAAUCUGUAAGCCUCCACGAUAUUGGUUCAAGAUCUUUGCGUUGAUUUAAUUCUUUUUUUUCAUUUAAUUUAAGAAUUUAUCUAUUUAAGAAGAAGAAAGCUGACUUUGUUCUCCGCAAAAUUAUAUUAUACGAGUCGCUUUUCUCGACGGCACAAUGUGUGAUUUGUAUUAAACUAUCACAAAAUAAAAGACUCGAUACUGAUCACAUCAUGUUGAUGAUUUUCUAAGAUUUAUCGUGUUUUUCACAGAAUAUGAAAAUAUAUAUACAUAUAUAAAUAACAUAUAUAUAUGACGCGUAUUAAUUGUAAGAUGCUGUAUAUUACAAGAUGAUAGUGCGUAUUCGAUAUAAGUAGGAAUUAGGAAUACAAGAUUUUUGUAUGUUCAAUAUAAUUCUGUAUAUUGUAAACGCGUACUGUCUCUGUUGCCUUUGAGAAAAAAAACGAAAUCUUCGGGGCUGAAGUUACACGCGUAAUCAAUACUUAAAAAUAUCCGCGCAUCGAUUGUCGCCGUCCGUUGGGGCCGCAAACCGAUCAACCCUAAAACUAAAAAUGUUACGCCAACUAAAAAAAUAGGAAAAUCCCUUCCCGAAAAAAUGAAUAUCCAAAAGAAACAAGUAAUCUUACAACUUCGCAGCAAAAACCCAUAGACAAGCGUAAACAGAAUUAGGUUCGAACGAAUCAAGCUCUCCCGAUACGAUGACGAAUAACGAUGACACAGACAUUUACGAAAAAAAUGUAAAGAUUUUUGUCAGAAUACUACCGCUCGAGACGUUCUGCGAAUCCUGCGCGAAAAUCGACGCCGAUCGCAAGGUAACGCAAGCUUCCUCUCGGUUUAACAAACAGCAAUGCUCGAUUUGAAUUUCCGCAGAAAAUAUAUGUGCGACGCUUACAACAAAUGCAACCGAAUAGAAUAAUUACUUCGGAAAAGCCAUCCUACUGGUGCUUUCGAACAGACGGCAUCUUUUGUGACACCUCGCAAGAAGAAGUUUUCCGCGCUUCGACCCAGGAUCUUGCAACAAAGUAAAGAAAAACGCAAUAGAUCUCCUCUUAACUUUAGAGCAUACACUGUAAGCUCUUAACUGGCCACGAUUUUUAACCAGCCAGUGGUCAGAGGCCGGUUAAUAGGGAGUCUAUUGUAUUAGGUCAGUGCAUACGAAAUUUUGUAGAAUAUCAUUUCAUUCAAAUGAUGUAUCACUUACCUCUAUAUAUUCCUGAGUGGUCCAAUAAUUUCAUUAUCUUACAACAAACGUUUCAAUUAAUAUAAUUGUUUUUAUUAUAAAUUUUGUCAAAUUAUUUCAUCUGUAAUUUGAUAUUCGAGGAUUGAAACUUCAGAGACGAUUACGUUUCGUAUGUACCAGCCUGAUAGAUAUUUCAUUCCAGUUGAUAUUAUUCGAGACUUCCGAAUUUGUUUUCGGGAUAAAGGAAGCCUCGAACGGUAUCAUAACGGAAGUACACGAACUAGUCGAGGUACCGCGGUUUAAGAAUUCUAGACGGUGUGAAUUGCGUUUUGCUGGGCUACGGACAAACCGGAACCGGAAAGAGCUUUACCAUCAGCGGCCUCAGAAACAAUUGGGAAGUACGACCACGAGAAACACUAUGAAUUCGCUAUCUCGCAUCGCAAAACGCAGUGGUUACAUCCUUUUUCUCAGCACAGGGGCCUGGUCCCGCGACUGCUGUCUCGCAUGUUCGCUGAGAAGACUAACAGAAAGAAGGUCAGCCAGAUAGAGUACCAAAUCAGCUUCGUGGAAUUGUACGGCAAAGAAGCGAGAGAUCUGUUGGUCUCCGAUGAGAGUAAUAAGAUCAAGAUAAACGAGCGAGACCCGUUCAAGGUGUUACUAAAUAUUCAAGUGACAAUGGAUAGAACUUUAUUAGUAAAAAUUCUAGGAUAUCACUGUGGUCUCUAUAGAUAACGAAAGGCAAGCCCUUAGCAAAAUUUUUAAUGCCGAGAUCAGGAGAUCGACCACGAAGGGAUCGAAUUAUCCGAUGUCUCAUUUGGCCACAGCUGUGAUUACGUUUCACGUCUCUAAUAUGAGCCUAAUUACAUCCUGGGGCGUGGUAACUACGGCCAAGAGAUUCCAUUAACACGUUAGAUGCACAUAGUGGAAGCAGCAGGUACCGGAACGGCAGGGAGGAGUAGUAGUUGUUGGAAAACGGCCGCGGAUAUCGGCAUGGCGAAUUUAAUGAAGUCUGAACUCGAGCAAUUCUUCAAUUAUAUAACGAGGCCGAAAUCUUCCUGUAUUAAUAUAAUACGAUCGAGUAAUUUGUUGAGGAUCCUAGGCAGCGCGUUCUCGCUUUCGUCCGUAAUUCGAUUCAUAUCUCACGUUCAAAUUACAAGGGAAGACCUCGAUAUCACGUUAUCGACUUUGAAGUUUACUGCAAAAGUAGCGAGACUGAAACCUGUUAAAGUGAAGGAGAACAUUCAACACCGAGGAGAUUUACUAGUGCACAAACUCCAGAACGAAGUGAACGAUUUAAAGAAGGAAUUAAUGUUGAACGAUCUGUUUUUACAACAAGAGGCGCUUGUGAACAUUUCCAAAUCUCGAUUGGAACAAAUUAACCGAACCAUUCUUAGUUACUUGGACGGCAAGAUCUCGGACUUCACGCUAAUCAGCGUGUCUCAGGCUCAAGCUUUGCUGAAGACUAUCAAGGAUUUAUAUGAUAGGCUCACAGUGAAGGAGGUUGAGGUUGAGAAAAUGAAGGAGACUUACGAGAAUUUGAUGAAAGGCGCGCCGGUCGUUGAUCGUUCACUCGAAAGUGAUCAUAAGGAUACCGACGAUCAAACUACUGAUGAUAAUUGGCAACGACUCAGAAGUCUCUCCCAAAUUCUUCUCGAGGUGAAACCUCUUCAGCAGGAAAUGGGAAAGGAAGAAGUCGGAAGCUUAGUUGAAAGAUCAGGUAUUACUUUAGGUCCUUAUACAAACGAUACAACGGUACGCACAAUACAGACACAAAAUAUUGUGAAAAUCGAUGACCAGCAUAUGGGGGCGGCACGACAUUUGUUCAACUGCUUCUUAAAAGAGAACAUAAUGUACACCAAAAUUAAGGAGAUGUUCGACAAGAGUCAGAAAGCUCUCGCUGGCGUUCAUCAAAAAUUUACGAACACGAUCGACAUAUAUUUCCAGGUGAAGAGAAAUUUAGACGAUGCUUGCGACAAGCUCGGCAAGCACCAAGAAAUUCGACGCGUUUUGAAAUUAGAAAAUAGCGACACGAAACUUAUUCUCGAAAUGGAAAAUUCGAUUGAGAAAGAUAUUCAGUGUCACCAAAAAGUUUUAAACUCUUUGAAAGAGGAAAUGAGCCAGGUGCAGAAAGAGAUCAUCGAACUGACCAGACGACAGAAAGAGACGGGUUCGAAACUGGAAGCUGGUUUUAAAGAGUACUGUAAAAGGAAGAACCUUUUAUUACAUUAUACCGACAAGUCGAUGAAAGCGAUGCUAGAACCUGCCGAUAGAGAAUCUUUGGAAAUAAUCCGGCGCAAAUACAACAAGCUUCAAAGAACGAUGUUGCGCAAGGCGAAGGUAGAUUUAUUUCGGCAGAAAUCCUAGUCAGAUUCGUAUUCGAAUAGAGAAUUCGUUUAUAGCAAGAAACAGGAAGAUCGGAGAAAAUGCGACCUAAUUCGAAGCGGAGGGGUAACAGUACCAAUUUAUAACUAACUAUUUAAUACAAAAAAUAUUAUUCUCUUAGUAAUAAGUACUAAUAUUUAAUAUACAUAUAAAUCAAUAAACGAAUUUUUGAGCGACUUUGAAUCUUGUUUCAUCUCUGUCAAGAAUAAGCUUGGCUCCAUCGAAUCAAAACU